AUGUCUGAGGCGGAAACUAACAACGCAACUCCAGAAGAUGCACAGAAUGAGUACAUAGAAGACGGAAAGAAUAAAUUGAUUGUGAAAUGUAAAUUUUGCGGAUCUAAAAUUCUUGAAAAGAAAACAGCUACAUAUAUCUUGCAAGAGAAAGAAUUACCACUUAUGCAGCAAGAUGUGAAUAGGAAAGAAGGCGAAAUACAGAAGGAGAUGGUAAAGGAAUAUUUCCAUGUUGAAAACAUGUAUAUGUUUGAAAACAUAGGUUUCACCCAUCAAGUAGAUUCCUACAAGUAUUUGACUUGUGCAGACUGUGAUGCUGGACCUGUUGGUUAUUUCGAAAUAGACAGUAAACAGAGUUAUGUUGCGUUAUCAAGAGUUGUACAAUGCUAA